AUGGCGUUACCGUUCCAGACAGGGGUCUUCCAAACAUUCGAGACGAUUUCCGAGACGGAAAUUAUCAUCCGAGACCAAAUAUACGGCACGCACAACAUCACCGAGCCCGUGCUUAUACAUCUACUUCGAAGCCCCGAGCUAUUGCGCCUGAAAGGCAUCUGUCAACACGGAGUGACCACAUUCCUCGGCUUCGGCCCCAAAGUAACCCGCUUCGAGCACUCCGUCGGCGCAUUCCUGCUAGUCCGCGCAGUCGGCGCCAGCGUCGAAGAGCAGAUCGCCGCCUUACUACAUGAUAUCAGCCACACAAGCCUCAGCCAUGUCGUUGACGACGCGCUAUCCAAACCCGGCGAAGCAAGCUACCACGAAGUGCACAAAUCCCGAUUCUUGAAAACCACCCAACUACCCCAAAUUCUCAUCCAGUACGGUUUUGGCACUCUCAAGGCCCUGGACGAAGAGUUAUUCCGCCUGGUUGAAAUGCCCUCACCGCAUCUUUGCGCUGAUCGGCUCGACUACGCGCUUCGCGAUGCACUGGCCUUUGAAAAACUUGGCCUCGACCACGUCCGAGACAUAUAUCAGUCUCUGACUGCUUUCCCAUCCGCCUCCUCUCCGAACCGCCUACUCGUUUUGACGAAUCAAGACCAUGCACUCGUCCUCGCUCGCGCAUACCAAGCCACAGAUCGAGACGUAUGGUCCAAUAGGGCCCAGGCAGAUCUGUAUAAAAGGACCGGGUCGAUAAUUAGGGACCUGGUUUAUUCGGGCCGUGUGGAAGAAGAGGCGUUGUGGAAGUUAUCCGAUCAGGACUUUUGGGCAUUACUGCGUGAGCAAGCGUCGCCUGGGAUUCUGGCUGAAAUGGAUAGGAUGGAAUCGGAAGGGCUGCCGGAUGAGGAGGGGUUACGUUUGCCGAGGGAUGCUAAGAUUCGUACUAUUGAUCCGGAUGUUUUUCAGGGUGAGCUGGGUGGGCCUUUGCCUUUGUCCGUUGUUUUGCCGGAGUGGGGGGUCGAGCGAAGGGAAUACGUUCUUGGUAGGGAGUCUACGAGGGAAUAA